AUGGUAGCUUUCAUAAAGAACUUUUUAUGCGUAGUUCUCGUUUUGGUAUCUUGUGAUGCUGAAGAGCUGCAGAGAGCCACAUUCAGAGCGGCGGUGUAUGAACAUGCCGUCAUUCUGUCCGAUGUCCGACACGAGAAUUCAUCAGUUUCCAGGGCGACGGCCCUCAAACACAUGAUGAAAAACCUGAAUAUAUACCGUGAUCACGUGGAGACAGCGUCUCGCCAGGGCGUGGAUAUAAUAGUGUUUCCUGAAGACGGAAUCUAUGGUAUGGGUUUCACCAGGAAAGCUUUAUCUUCCUACCUUGAAUAUAUCCCUGAUCCCAAGAACGAGUCAUGGAGCGCAUGCGCAGAGCCAAAUCGAUAUCCCAACACCGAAGUACAGCAUUUUCUCAGCUGUUUGGCGAAAAACAACUCGAUGUUCAUCGUUGCAAACUUUGGCGAUAAACAGCCGUGUUCUCAAGAUACAUAUCCAAGUUGUCCUAUCGACGGUCAUUUCCAGUUCAACACUGAUGUCGUAUAUAACCCAUUGGGUACUCUGAUAGCCAAAUACCACAAAGAAAAUCUGUUCUUUGAGUAUCAGUUUGACUUCCCGCCAGUUACCGAAGUUGUAACGUUCGACACACCUUUCGGAUUAUUUGGCAUAUUCACUUGUUUUGAUAUCAUAUUCCAUGACCCCGCGAUUGACCUUAUUAACCGCGGGGUCAGAAACAUUGUAUUCCCAACUGCCUGGAUGGAUGCUCUCCCCCUCCUUGGGGCAGUCCAGUUUCAUUCCGCCUUUGCCAGAGGUAUGGGUCUUAAUUUCCUGGCGGCAAACAUAAACUGGCCGCUGAUGAGGUUCCAUGGCAGUGGUAUCUACACCCCUGAUGGGGUCCUGACCUACUACUACAACGACAGACAUGCGCGAGGACAGCUACUUAUCUCAGAUGUACCGAUAAUAAGGUCGGAAUCAGUUAGUACUUCUCCAUUUACCCCUCGACUGCCCCGAAUUCCCAUUGCAACAUCUGGUACAGAGUUAUCAGUUGUGCAUUGGACACAGAAUCCAACGGUACCUUUGUCGCCACAAGUAUUCGGCAAUAUGAUGAUCACUGGAAUGCGCGCAGAAUCCACAUUUCGAUCCUUUGUCUUUCAUGAUCUUUACACAUUCAAACAGUUGGAUGGCGCUUCUGCUGGUACGGUCAGCGUCUGCAACAACGCUCUUUGUUGCUCUCUUCAUUACGAACGAGACCUCGUUAGCGGUGACGUUUACGCUUUUGGAGCGUUUGAUGGACUACAUACGUAUCAGGGGACUUACUACAUGCAGGUGUGUACCCUGCUGAAGUGUCAAGGGAUAACGAAGUCAUCAUGUGGGAAACCAACAACUGCGGCGAAAACGCAUUUCCGAAACAUUAGAAUAUCUGGAAAUUUUUCAAGCCCUUACGUGUUUCCGGAAGUUCUAACUUAUCAGAACGGAUCCUUAGCUGUGCCACUCAAGAACACAUGGACUUACACCCCGUCCAUCCUCUCUGUGGACACAGGGUUAUCAGACCCGGUGGUGUCCGCUGGUUUGUUUGGUCGAGUAUACACUAACUUAGAUACCAAUGGGCACAAUCAAAAGGAGGCAUUUAAUCAAAGAAACUAA